AUGGGUUUCGACGGGAUGGUAUUGAAGUCGGUGCUCGAGUCGUUCGUCGACGACAUUGCCGAGGAGUCCACCGAGCUGAUUCUGGAGCGACCACGCUAUGCGUAUGCCGUCGUCGUCAUCGCCGAUGACCAUGAAAUGUGCGAGGCGAGCUGCGUUCGACAGCUGGACGUCGAAAUCCUCGAAACGCAGAAUUCUACCGUACAUUCCGAAUUCUACGACUCGAAAAUCGAGCGUGCUCUGCGUGAACUUACGGAAUCGCGAGAUCUGCUGGACACCUCGGAAUCGAAUUCUGAGGUGAGGCGACCUUGGCUGUCGCACGGAGAAGUUGGUUAA